AUUAAAAAUUAAAAUAUAUGGUAGGUUUCACACAUUCUAAGUAAACUAACAGCUUACAUACAGCGGGAAUAGGGUUGGAAUUUGAAAUAAUUUAAUGAAGAUUUAAUUACGCAGUUUUAAAGAAAUCUUAAUAGAUAACAGAUGAUAUUUGUUCACGAAGACAUUGGUUUGACUGAGAGGUCGCUUUGUCAUGAUAUUGUGCUGCUACAGUAUGUACAGUGUACAGUCUACUGCUUGUGUGACGAGCUAUGGAGGACACUCAGUAUUUUUUGUUAGGCCACUAUCAUAUUUCACCCCCUCCCCCCAUUUGACCGGGUUUAUUAACUAUAGAGCACGGUACAUUUUCAAAAGUUAAUAUUCAUAUGAGAUAUAAAAUAUGAAAAAGUAAUACAUUGUACUUGGUAAAGUAGUUUGAGCGUCAUCAUUUUUCUGUAAACAACAAAGACAUGCUUUUUGUGUGUAUUGUUUUAAUAAAAUGUUCAGAUUUAGUGUCAAAUUUGAAUAUCUUCGUAAUUUCUUGAUGAUGGCGAACCUUAAGCUGGUGCAGUACACUUCGAUGUUGUGGCGUACCAUUCAUCGAAAUAAAGAAUAAAUUGAGUACAAUUUUAUAAACACAUGUAAUUUUUUUUAAAGUCAUCAGGAAACAGCGAGCACAAUGGGUUAGAAGGCUCACUACUUUUAUGUACAUGCAAGUCCUGAGUUCGAAUCCCGCUGGGGAUUUUAAAAAUUUGAAAAUUUUAAUCCGAUGAAAGUAUUUUAAGUACAUGUGUAAUGUAAUUUAAUUCACAUUGAUAUCGACAGAUGUCCCAUACCACCUUAACUUCAAUCCAUGUUUAAGUGUAACAACCAUCGUGACUUUGUGGUCUUACAAUUGAGCUACAUGCACUUUCUUAAGCUUAUAAUCAGAUUUAAUUUUAAGAAGGAGUUUGAUAUUCUCUUUCACUCGUCGGUAAUACUAGUAUUCUUUUCAUCUGCUAUGUUUCUUUUACGUAACUAAAAUUGUUGUUUGACUUUCAAUUAUAUUGUAUUCCAGGAUUGACUCAUUCCUAGUUGUUUUUAAUUGUUGUUUGAAACAGAACAUCACAUAAUAAUUGGAUCAGCGGUUAAGUGUUGUAUCCGGAAAUUCACUCACUUUCAAUACAACGAGAUGUAUUCAUUUGUGACAAGUUCUUAAGCAUUGAUUUCAUUCUAUUCCAAUUAAAAAACAACGCUUUUUUUCCAAAUCCAUUUUUAAAAUAUCAUUAUAUCAUACUCAAUUGGGUUAUGGGUUGCUGAAGUUAAAAGGUUGCUGCAUCCUAAACGUUUUCAAUAAUUCAUCCUCCGUUGAUUUUCGGUGACCAUUAUUUAUCUUAUGUAAAAAUAGUAAAGUUGGCACACUAAUGAUUGUAUAAAGCAAAUGACGUGAAUGUGUCGCGAUUAAUGUAUUUGACGAUUUUCCAUUUGAUCUCUUUUGGGGGAUUACUAGUAAAUUGGUUGAAUUUAAUGCGAAACAUUUAAACCUUCACACAUUUUUGUAGGUCUCAGGGCAAGAGUAUUUCAGAUUGGAAAUAGAAUUGGAAAAGUUAAAUACACAUGAAAACCUGUCACAAAUAUAUUUAGCCUUGUGAAAUUUAAAAAUAAAGAAAAUCUUAUUCCAACGAUGAAAUGCAUGUGUAGUUCCUGUUAUUUUCUUUUACUCACUGCUGGAUUGUCGUUUAUGAAUGUUCAGUGUGCAAGUUAUAGUGACGCUGAGCGACUUCUUGGGGAUUUAUUCCAGAAUUACUCAACGGACAUUAGACCAAAUCAAAAUCUGUCGGAAGCAACAAAGGUUUCUAUGCACCCACUUAUUUUUUCUUUGAACGAUUUUGACGAAGUUUCAGGGGUUAUAUCUAUUGUGUUUGGAAUCAUACUCGAUUGGCAUGACUUUCGUCUGACCUGGACGCCAAGUAAUUAUGGUGACAUUGAGAUGCUACCCAUUCCUAAGAAAAAGCUUUGGGUUCCAAGCGUGUUUUUGAUUAAUCCUGCGAAUAAGAUGGAAGCGUUAGGGAAUGAUGAUUAUUUAGGAAGAGUACAUUAUAGUGGCGCAGUGCAGUGGACACCUGGGGGUUUGUUCAAAAGUUUAUGUAAUGUAAACAUGUACAAAUUUCCGUUUGAUACACAGUCUUGUUUCUUUACUUUUGCUCUCUGGGGUUUUUUGCCAUCUGAAGCUGUUUUGAUGCCUGGAAAAAACAUAUCUACUAUCGAUACAACUUAUUAUUCUCCCAAUGCUCUAUGGAAACUAGAAAGCACUGAGAUGAAAUACUCCGAUAUAGUUACAACUGAAAGUAUAAUUGAACUCCGGAUCAAUCUGAAGAGAAGAGCUCUCUACUUUGUCAUCAAUAUGUUGGCGCCCAUCCUUCUCCUGUCCAUACUCAACCCUCUAGUUUUUGCCUUACCUGUUGAUAGCGGUGAGCGUGUGUCAUAUGCCAUCACAAUAUUUUUGUCAUUCGCCGUUUUCUUGACUCUAAUCAGCGAAAAUAUGCCAAAGACCUCAGAGCCAAUGUCUAUAUUGUCCUAUUUUUUGGUUGUGACAAUGACUAUGAGUACGUUGAUAUGCAUCCUCACAAUUGUCACCAUGCGAUUCCACUAUAGAGACUCUAACUUAAAAGUGUCGAAAACAGCUGCAACUGUUCUGAAGAUUUUGCAACUCAAAUUUCUUUGUAUUCCAUGUAACAUGGAUAAAAGGAAAUCGCAGGUUCGAGUUGCUUCCAAAUUAGAUGAUGGAUUUGUACAAAAUGUAAAGGACGGGAAAGUCGAGCCAGUUACAGUUGAGCCGGUAGAGGAAGAUACGUGGAAGGGAGUAGCGGAGCAAUACGACCGAGUCUUGAUGUACUAUUUCUUUUUUAUUGUCUUUUUCCAAUGGAUCAUGCUUUUAAUUGUCCUAUCCAUAUAAAAUUAGUUUACAUGUAUUAAAUCAUUCUAAUGAUGAAAUGACGUUUUCUGUACCGGAAAAGGAGAACUGCUUUGCAUGUAUGAAUGCCAUAUAUUGACUUAUCAAAAUGUAGAAAAUAUUAAAACAAUGGAGAUUGUUUUGUUUAAUUUAUUUAUUUUAAUGAAUUAAUGAAGAUAUGAUACUCUAAUAUUGCAUAAUGGAUAAGUAUAUAUAUCUGAAAUAGAGUUUCGAUGCCCUCAAACUCUACAGAGAUUCAGAUCAGAUGAUAUCCUUAUAACUUCCCUGUAUUACUAAGCUGCUUCUAAAAGAACAAUCUUAAACUUAAUGUUUUCGAUUAAUCAAACAGGCUUUAUCAAUGUACCGUGAUUAUUCACUUUUCAGAAAACUUGAAGUCGGGUUGUCAGAUGCUUCCAUUGGCCCUAUGGUAAAGGCACUUGUGGAU